AAGCAGUGCUCGAGGGCAGUUUCAAACUGGCAGUGCACUUGAAGGAAUGCGGUAAACUUGACUCAUGACUUGACAUUCGUUAAAGAAGGGUCUUCCAAAUCUAAAGGUCACCUGAUUCCCUCAAAGUACCGUGAUUGGCUCCUGAAGAUGUCUUCUAUAGAUCCCUAUCAGUACAUUGUGGUGGAACACCAGUAUUCCCAUAAGUUCAAAGUGACUGUGGUACGAGCUGAGAAGGUGACCAAGGGUUCUACCCUGGGAGACUUUUUGGACACUCCAGACCCCUACGUGGAGUUGUUCAUCCCAACCACUCCAGACUCAAGAAAACGGACGCGGCACAUUGACAAUGACAUCAACCCCAUAUGGAACGAGACCUUUGAGUUCAUACUGGACCCCAAUCAGGAAAACACUCUAGAGUUGACAUUGAUGGAUGCUAACUAUGUCAUGGAUGAGACCCUGGGAAUGGCCUCGUACUCCAUUGCUAAACUCAAAGUGGGACAACCAGAAGUGGUUCCAUUCCCCAUUGGCAAGUUAACCAAGGUGUACUUGGAGAUGUCGUUAGAGGUGUGUUCAUCCACAGACCUGCGGUUCAGCAUGGCCCUGUGUGACCAGGAGAAGCUGUUCAGACAGGCACGCAGAGACCGGGUGAUGCUGGGCAUCAAGAAACUACUCAACAUGGAGAAAGGACAACGCCUCCCGACCUCAUUAAGAGAGGUCCCUACAAUCGCCAUCGUGGGGUCAGGGGGAGGGUUCCGAGCCAUGGUGUGUUUCUCUGGAGUGAUGAAGGCUCUGUAUGAGUCUGGAGUUCUGGACUGCGCUACCUACGUGGCUGGACUUUCUGGAUCUACCUGGUACAUGUCUGCGCUGUACUCGCACCCUGAGUUCCCUAAGGGUAAGGGUCCUGGGGAGAUCAACCAGGAGCUGAUGAGGUGUGUGAGCAGUAACCCACUGAGGCUGUUGCUGCCCCAGAACAUCAAGCGCUACAUCAAGGCCCUGUGGAGAAAGAAGGCUGCUGGGCAGCCCGUCACCUUCACCGACAUCUUCGGCAUGCUCAUCGGAGAGACGCUCAUGCCCGGGAGGAUGGACUUCAAGCUGAGCCACAUGCAGAAGACUGUGAGCGAGGGUCAGAGCCCAAUGCCUCUCUUCACCUGUCUGCACGUCAAGCCAGACGUCUCAGAACUCAUGUUCGCUGACUGGGUGGAGUUUACCCCGUACGAGAUUGGCAUGGCCAAGUAUGGUACCUUCAUGUCCCCGGGCCUGUUUGGCAGUAAGUUCUUCAUGGGCAGCGUGGUGAGACAGUACGAGGAGAACCCCCUGCAUUUCCUCAUGGGGGUGUGGGGCAGUGCUUUCUCCAUCCUCUUCAACCGGGUCAUGGGGGUCAAAGGGACCACUGGAGGUACCACCAUGGAAGAGGAGCUUGAGCAAAUAAAGCCUCAGCACAUUGUGGGUGAAGAGACGCAUGAAAAUGAGGACGAGCCAAGAAAAGCGGGUGGAACAGAAAACCAGGAGGCAGAGGAAGAGCUCCAGCGUAAUGCCCAGGCCAGCUGGACCAGCAGGAUGUUCACCUCCCUGGUGGGGGAGUCCACCCUCUUCAACACCCGUGAGGGCAGAGCGGGCAAGGUGCACAACUUCAUGCUGGGGCUCAACCUCAACUCCUCCAUGCCUUUCUCCCCCUUCAACAACAGAUCAUUCACACACCACAACCUGGAGGAGGAACAGGACGCUGUCACAGACCCAGAUGAGUUUGACCGCAUCUACGAGCCGCUGGACGUGAAGAGUAAGAAGAUCCACAUAGUGGACAGUGGUCUGACCUAUAACCUCCCGUACCCACUCAUCCUGCGGCCGCAGCGUGGCGUCGACCUCAUCAUCUCCUUCGACUUCUCAGCCCGUCCCAGUGACUCCAGCCCACCCUUUAAGGAGCUCCUGCUAGCUGAGAAAUGGGCUCGCAUGAACAAGCUUCCCUUCCCAAAGAUCGACCCCAAAGUGUUUGACCGUGAGGGCCUCAAGGAGUGUUAUGUCUUCAAACCCCGCAAGGAAGACAAGUGCUGCCCCACCGUCAUCCAUUUUGUACUGGCCAACAUCAACUUCAGGGAAUUCAAAGCUCCCGGAGUCCCUCGAGAGACGGACAAAGAGAAGGAGUUUGGUGACUUUGAUGUCUUCGACGACCCCGAGAGUCCGUACUCCACGUUCAACUUCCAGUACUCCAACCAGGCCUUCACCCGCCUCCACGACCUCAUGGAGUUUAACACGCUCAACAACAUCGAGGUGAUCAAGGAUGCGAUAAUGGACAGCAUCAGCCAGAGACGGGAGAACCCCUCACGCUGCUCCGUCUCCAUCUCACUCAAUGAGAUUGAAAACAAGAAGUUCUUGAAACGGAACGUCAGCUCAGCUAAGCUCCCCAUAUAACUCCACCAGAGACACCUUUCCAUGACAAGACCUGGAGGUUAAGUUUUUUGAUAGAACAAAACGUUACAGCUCCAAGAACAGAUAAGAAUGGUAACCAACCUAUCCUUGUAGCUGCAAGGCUUAUCUCUGUUUGAAUGGGAUAUAAGCCUCACUUCAAGCUAGCCUCGUCUCAGACCUGUUUGUGAUUUCUUGCCAACUCACGACAAUGGCCAUGGGAGUUUGAAAGACAGUACAAACUGAUCUGAGACCAGGGUGACUUAAAGCAACUAUGCAGCCUCUUCUUUUGAGCUCUGUUUGACUAUUGUUUGGGAGAGGAUGCAGCACACCUUGUUCUGUAUAUUCCUGGCCUAGCAUCUGGGGUGGUGUGGUUAAUCUUUAAACGGGUCGCUCACUCUCUCACACACACAAGGACACACACACUCCAUCCCUUCAUGCAGCAGGCAGAGGAGAGAGGAGAGAUCACGCCUGGGAAUACAUGUUUGUGUGAAGGCCUGCCUAGUGAUGCAAUGUAUCUCUGGCAGGGGUCAGUCGAGGCGUGGCGUUGUCAAGGGAUGAACAUUUACUUCUAAAACGGAUUUUACUGACUCACGUAUUUGCUGCAGAUCCAAACUUGAAAUAUCUGUAGUUGAAUUAGAAUGACUCCUUAACAAUGAUAUUUUCUUUAUGCCAUUCUAACUAUCUUUACYGGUCUCUUGUUCCCUUUUCAUCUAUGUAUUAGUAUUUUGUUCCAUACAUACCAGGGAAGGGUGUUUGGUCUUUUGCUUUAUCGUGGAAACAUUGCUGAGAUUUAGGGCAACCUUGUCUCUGUUGCAGCAGAUGGGGAAAAAUAGCGUGUUUUCUUUGUCACACUGUGCCUGUACUCUCCCGUCUAGGAUUUUGAACCCCGGUCUCCCGGCCCCCGUGUGACAGGAGGAGAUACUGACCACUAUACUAAGGAGGAGCUCAGGCUUGCCAGUCCACAGCUCCGCCUCUAAAAACACUCCUUCUGUAAGGCAAUCUGUGAAAUUCUAUUGGCACCCGCAUUCUGCCUAGGCAAGCGUGCUAUUCACAGCAUUUACACAAUGGAGACCUGGCUCUCAGUUCCUCCUUCCUCUUCUCCCUCCUCCAGACUGUAGAAGAGAAGUGGGGGAAGGGAUGAUGGAAUGUCUCCUCCCUUCCUUUCCCCCUGUUUUACCCAGUGGGAGAGAAGCAGGGGAUGUCUGGGGAGGAGUGUUAGCUCACUCCUCCAGGGGAAGGCCUGGCUGAAUGGCGUGAUGUGAGGGUGAAAAGGCAUGUGGGGAGUUGAACAAACCUAGAAUUUCUCUGAAGCUGGCAAGUUGAAAUGGGCACGCAACACACAGGAAGCUCAUUACACACACAUUCCAUGUUGGGAUGGCCGUAUGUUAUAGACGGUGUCUCACAAAGGAACCUCUUCCUUUGGGUUGCUUUUUGUUACAUUACAACCUGUAAUUUAAAUAGAUUUUUAUUUGGAUUUCAUGUAAUGGACAUACACAAAAUAG